UAAAUAUUUUUUUGCUUUUAAAGAUAUAUAAAAUCAAACAUCAAGAUCGAAUAUAUUAUUAAUUAGUUAUACGCAAACAAUCCUAUGAAAUUUGCCAAACAAACAUACGAUACAUCAAAUAGGGAGAAGUACACUACAAACAAUCGAGUAUAUCGAAACGCGAUGAGCCCCAGGAAAUAUCGUCAAAAUGCUUAUCAGGUUUGCGUAAAUAUUCUGAAAGCGAGACAUUUGCCCCAAAAUGCAAAUUCAAGGGUGGUGGUCAGAGUGGGGAAGAGGAAGAGGAAGACUGUGAUUCGCAAAAAAACGGACUCUCCGAUCUUCAAUGAGUACUUCGUGUUCGAUCUUUUGUGCGAGUUAGACGAACUAUUGAGCACUAAAAUUAUGAUAACCGUGUACGUGAAAACUUUUCUGCGUUACAAAUUUCACGGAAACGCGACUUUCGAAGUUGCUCUGGUGUGGGAUCAACCAGAUCAUCAAUAUUUUCACAAAUGGGCAAUGUUGACAAAUCCGAAGGAUCUUUCAGCGGGGCCGAAAGGCUACGUUAAAUGUAAUAUAACAAUUAAUGUAAAGGGAGAGAAGAUGAGAGUGCAUCCGGAGACAGAGGGCGAGGACGACAUCGAGGGGAACCUCUUGCUGCCGGUCGGUGGCGAAUUUGUAGCCUACAGGCAACGAGCUUUCUACAUUUUUACGAUUUAUCGGGCCGACGGUUUGCCAGACAUGAGCAGUUUCUGUAUGAAAAGCGAUUACGAGAAUAUCAACCCGUUUGUGCAGAUAUCGUUCGCCGGGAUGAAGGUUAAUUGUGAUAUUAAUUGGAUAUUUAUACAUUCUUUAUAUAAACUUAUCUUCUAUAAUAUUUGAUGAUAUUUCCAGCAAACGACGAGGGAGGAGUGGCAAACUUACAGACCAUACUUCAAUCAGAAGAUAAUAUUCAACGAAAUGUUUCCAUCUCUUUGCCAACGUGUCAGGAUAGCCAUUAAACAUCGCGUUAACACUUGUCGAACGUGCGUGGUCGCCUCUUACAUCCUCAAUCUGGCGAAAAUUUUCCAAUCCGGAAAGUACGGUAAAUUCGAAUCUCUCCCUCCUUUCUCAAAGAAAAGCUUGUGGAGAACGGAAGAAUAUUAUCUGGUCGCAGUGUUGUACGACGCGAGCAUGAUCGAUCGCAGGAGAUUUUGGAUGAGAUCGAUAAUCUUCGAGAUCAGCAUCGGGAACGCGGGCAACGUGCAAUUCGGCCAUAGCCAAUGCUUCGAGAACGAGAGAGAUAAGGAAGAUUACCACUUGUCAAAACUUGCACGUAUAUCAGACGCGUAUAUCAGAGGACAAGAAGCCCUCCCAAAUUUCUCGUUAAUUAACACGCUCGACGAGUUUGCACGUGGUAGAGCACGCAUCGUUGCCCCGUGUAAAUCGCGAUUAAUUCCCGAAGCAGGCAAGCAGACGGCGGAUCGGAGGCCGGAGUUCGAGAGUCAGACCGUGCCGCGAUACACCGGGACGCUGGACGGGAAAUAUAAUUACGUGCCUCUUGGAUCGCGAAAACCCUGCCUCCACGUUAAAUCCUGGUGGCCGAAUCUCGAGUGGAGGAUGCAUAACAGUAAUUAUUUGACUUUCGUCGCUAAUUUCCUGGUGAGAAUCGAUUAUGCGAAUAAAUUUUUUUUUCCAAAAUUCUCGAUAACCGGCCAAUUUUGCAAAAGGCAACGCGAGAAACAUUUAUACUUUCGAAAAUUUAUGAGAAAAAGUGAUGGAAAGUUUGCAACAGCGAAAUCUAAAGAAAUAUUUAAUAUAUCAGGAGCAAGGUUCUCACGGUUUAAUCGCGGAGAGGGAGCAAGUUUGUUUCGAAACUGGCACAGCGAUUUCCAGAAUAAUUUUAAUUCGUCUCGACAGGAGGAGAAGUUGGAGAAACUGGAAGGCAUGGUCGCACUCGAGAGCGCUGACGCUUACAUAUUCUACAACGCGAUGAUUUAUGACUUGAACAACCAUUGCAUCCGCUAUUUGGAUAUAUUAGACACGGGGCGAUACGACGACAGGGGUGGCACCACGAAACUCGAUCGGUAUCGCGUGAAUUUCUGCCGUAACGAGAUCGAGAACAUUCUGAAGAGGAUCAAGAUCAACGGCCAACUUCCAAACAACAAUUACAUCAGGAUCGCUAUGGUGCACGGAUACCAAUAUCUCGGCAAAGUGAAGAAGCUACAGGAAGAUCCCCAGCACAGCCUCCCGGACGUUUUCAUUUGGAUGAUAACCGGGUCGAAGCGGCGGGUGGCGUACGCCCGAUUUCCGGCCGAGAAAAUUAUUUACUCGGAGGAGGCGGCGGAGAAGGGGACGCUUUGCGGCCGUCGGAUGGACGUGUUUUUGAGAAAUCCAUGGGACAAGGAGGAGGCCGAUUAUAUGGCAUGCAAGCUUGAAAUUUUCCUCUGGCUUGGGAACGCUGAUUAUGUCGCUGCCUGUUGGUCCUCUAUCCCUCCUGGUUACAACGUGAAUCACGAACAAACUAUCUACACAUUCCCGAAAUAUUUGGAGUACACUCAUUCCACGAUAUUUCAGUUGCGUGCUCACAUAUUCCAAGGUCGCUUUGAUCCCGGCAUGGACACAUCCGGCUUGCUGGAUCCGCUGAUACGCGUCUGUUUCCACGGUUACUCCAUCUCCACCAGGGUUGUUAAGCAGACUCUGGACCCGUUCUGGGAUCAAACUUUGAUAUUGCCGCCGAGAACCGUGCACGGAUCGAAAGAGUACAUUAAAUUAAACCCGCCUAUAGUUAUAUUGGAGGUGUACGACUUGGACAUAUGCGGCAUAAAGGAGUUUUGCGGAAGAUGCACGGCGAUUCCGUUAGUUAAACUAGCGGAGGAAACUUACUCCCCGCCCGAUUUCCCACCGAAACUUGGGUGGUACAAAUUUAAAUCUCAAAGGGAUUUCUCUGGGUCGGUGCUCGCCGCCUUCGAGCUCAUAGAGGUAAAGGAAGAGGAUGAAGAUCUGGACAAACCGAUCCAUCGCUCGAUGUUGGAUACAAUUUACACCAUACCUGAAGAUAUCAGGCCGAAAAUGGCAAGUUACAGGCUCGAAAUAAUAUUUUGGGGAGUGAGGGAUAUGAAAAAGCUGUAUUACAUGCCCGUGAUGAAUCCACGGAUUAUCAUAGAGUGCGCCGGUAUCGACGUCAAGUCGGAAGUAAUGAGAAACGUGAAAAAAUUCAGCAACUUCAAGGAACCUCACGUAAUCACCGAAUUGGAUAUGCCAGAGCUCGAAAUCUAUUAUCCAAGCGUGGUAAUAAAAGCGUUCGACUCGCGGGGGCUCGGUUGCUUCAAGUACGUUGGAAUUUGCAUCAUACCGAGUAUCAACAUAUUUCUGGAGCAGUUGAUAACCGAGGAUGAUUACGAGGAGCAGAUAUACGGGACGAGAAAGAUCUUCAAACCUGUGAAACCUUUCGUGGAAAAGCCUGAAACCAUUCUGCCCCUGCCGAUCGAUUUCGAUCCGAAAAAAGAAGACGAGCAGAAGAAAUUAAUCCCUUACAAGAAGAUGGGAGACAGAAUCUCAUGGAUCAAGAAGAUUUUUCGCUGUUUGAAAUAUUUCUUCACUCAUCUGAUCCACGCAAGAAGGAAAAAGCGAAAAAAAGAAUUUCUCACGAGCGACGACGACGAGUCGCUAGACUGGUGGACCAAAUACUUCGCUUCCCUAGAGGUAAGCGUGAUGAUCAAAUAUCCACUCGAAAUAUCACGUAAUUGUGAAAAUUGUGGACGAUUCUUUCCAGGAGGAAAGAAGAAGGGAGCUGAACGGUAUUCCACCACCCGAACAGAAGGUCACAGCGACGUUCAAGGUAUCCUAUUCGCGUUUAGCGAAUUUUCACCAGCUCAGGUGUCUCAUUGGGCGGGACAGGUAUACGACGGAGAACUGGAGAUGCAGCCGCAAUUCUCCGGCUUCCAGGAUCGUCUGAGAACGUUCGAGCUGUGGAAGGGGCGGAAAAGCGAGGAUCCCGACUACGACAGCGAGAAUUACGUUGGAAAAUUCAAGGGUCGUAUUUGCGUGUAUCGCUGGCCUCACCCAAGCAACCUGCCUUGCAAAACGAGAAGCGGGAGAAGCGCGAGUGACGGCCUGUGCGACGAUUAUCCGCAUUCGGAGUCUAUCAAACUCGUGGUUAGACUUUACGUGGUGAAAGGCAUCAACCUGCAGCCUCAGGAUCCCCUAACCGGAAAGUCUGAUCCGUAUAUCUGUAUCCGGCUUGGUAAAACGUAUAUCAGCGACCAAAAGAAUUACAUACCGAACCAGCUAAAUCCAACUUUUGGACGGUUGUUCGAGAUAGAGGCAGUUUUCCCUCGCGAUUGCACGAUGAUCGUACAAGUAUGGGAUUACGACGCGACCACUGCCGACGAUCUGAUAGGGGAGACGAAAAUCGACAUCGAGAGUCGAUUCUACAGCAAACACCGUGCCACGUGUGGUAUAUCCAAGAUAUACGCGUCCGAGGGUUACAAUCAGUGGAGGGAUCGCGAGAAACCGACCCAGAUACUCGAGCAACUCUGCAGGAGGAACAAUCUUCCGUUGCCCGAGUACAGGCACCAUUACGUGAAAAUCGGACGGAAAAGGUUUCCCUUCGACGAAACCGAGCAUCCGGAAUCCGAAUUAAACGAAUGCAUGGCGUUGAGCGUGCUCCAUCGGUGGCAAGACUUCCCCAUUUGCGGCUGCUACCUGGUUCCGGAACACGUGGAGAGACGGCCGCUUUUUAAUAUAGGAAGACCCGGGUUGGAGCAGGGUAGAUUGGAAAUGUGGAUCGACAUGUUUCAAGUGGGCGAAGUACCUUUGAAACCGCCGGUCGACAUCAGCCCUCCCGUGCCCGAGGAAUACGAAAUUCGCGUGAUCGUUUGGAACACGGAAGAUAUACCACUCGUGGACAGUCAAUUUAUCACGGGUGAAAAGUGCUCGGAUAUUUACGUUAAAGGCUGGAUCACUUAUGACGAUUAUCAGAAGACCGACAUCCAUUACAAUUCUUUGAACGGGGAAGGCAAUUUCAAUUGGCGAUUCGUGUUUCGUGUGAUGUAUUGCAAGAGCGAGCGCGUUAUAAUCGUCCCGAAAAAGAUAUCCAUCUUUUCGUUGACCGACACCGAGGAAAAACUGCCGUGCAGAUUGUACCUGCAAGUUUGGGACAGCGAUCACUUCUCUCCAGACGAUUUUCUCGGAGCGCUAACGUUGAAUCUGUCCGCGAUGCCACGAGGAAGUCCGAAUUCGAAAAACUGUACUUUGAAAUUACUCAACCCGAAUCUGCCCACGAUUAAUUUGUUUAAAGUAACUCGAGUCAAAGCUUGGUGGCCGUUCGAGCAAAGCGUGAACGCUGGCCAAUACGUUCAAGCGGUGUGUAACAUUAUUUUUAUCAUUAAAUCCUUGUUUCGCUGUAUCAAUCGAAAAAUAAAAAUAUAUAUCGUUGUCUUCAUGGCAGAAAUCAAGGUAGUCUCGAUUAAAAAUCGAAAGCUUUUCGAUUCGUCUUUCAAAAUCACUCGCUCGAAGUAUUUUUUCGAUAACAAAUACCUCGAUUUCUUCCGACUCCAUUUUUAUUUUGUAACGAGUAUCCGUAGAGCAUUCGAAGUGGGCUCAUGUGAUGAUGUAAUGUGUACGAUCCAGGGUAAAAUCGAAAUGGAGAUAUCAAUAUUGAAAGCGGAGGAGGCCGACGAGAAUCCCGCGGGCAGAGGAAGAGAGUCGCCUCAAGAACUUCCGCCACCAAACCGGCCGGAGACUUCCUUCUCCUGGUUCCUGAAUCCGUGGAAAGCAUUUCGCUACGUGGUCUGCCGCUAUUAUAGAUGGAGGAUAAUAUGCUGCAUCGUGUGCUUGCUGUUGCUGGUGUUGGGCGGUUGCGCGAUUUACGCCUUCCCUGGCUACAUGGUGAAACGUCUUCUCGGCGCUUGAAUCGUCGGCGAGAAAGAAAACGAAAUCAUAGAAGAUAUAUCCAUUGGCCGAUCCAUUGCAGCUGGCCUGCUCGUAAAUCAGGAAUUGUGGUAUGGAUGAAAUAUCGAUUCUGACUACUCGACGACAAAACCAGUUCUAUAUUUCAACACCGAUUAAUUGCGGAGGGACUCACACACAAUGGACUCGCCUAUUUAACGAAUCGCCUAUUUUUCCAAUUAAUUCUUUAUAAAUUCGAAUCGAUAGAUCGUUUCGUUUUCUCUAUAGUAAUUUCGA